AUGUCGCCCUCGUUCUCUUCAGGCCGCUUUGGCCUUGCCGUUCUUUUGAUGCUCAAUACCCCCCUUGUAGAUGCCUACUUUCUGAACUGGAAUGCCCACUACCACCACUUGCAGCCUAGACAAGCCACUACCAGCCAUGUUGCUCCAGCAACUACCACCACCUCCACCGCUGAUCGCCUCAUCGAAAACAUUGAUCGCCUUGACGAGUCCAUUCGGGAGCUCCCGAACGACGCCUUGAACUUCCUGGAAGAGGUUGGCGACAAGAUCGAGGGUUUGGAGAGCAUGUUCAAGAGCAUCGUUGGCUCCAUCUCACCCACCACAACCCCAUCCGAGCCCACUCCGCGCCUGCCCAUCCCGAACACUCUGCUGGCCAUCAACUCUACCGCCAACGCAACAAUCGCAAUACCAAGCACCAUUGUGCCAACCCCGCUCUCCGAGAACCCAAUCUUCACCAUCCUUCCCAUUUUGGAUAGUCUGAUUCCUCCGCUGGCCACCGCUGCCUCUGCGGCUGCUUCAUUACCUGGGUUUGGGAACGCCACCUCCCUGCUCCUACCGACCGCCCCCGGUGCCGCUUUCACUCCCGUGCUUUCAACCGUGAAUGCAACAGAGCCAUUUCCCUUGACGCUCCCUUCCACCCCCACGGCGCUUGCUAUUGUGCCAUCGAUUGCACCUCUCAACUCAACAUCAGCGCCGUCUCUCUUCAACGCUACCUCGACACCCGUUGCGAACUCCACGGCAAGCUCACUGAUUGCAAACACCACUUCACUCGCUGUCUUGGUGAAUUCCACCUCGGCGUACGUAAACGCCACCUCCUUUCCGGUUUCCGUCAACGCUACUUCAACUCCUGUUGCCGUCAAUGCCACUUCAGCUCUUAUCGCCGUAAACGCGACUUCAGCUCCCGUCUUCGUAAACACCACUUCAGUUACUACCAUUGUAAAUACCACCGCCACAAUUCUCAUUUCGGGAAACCUUACUCUGGCCACUCUUCUGCCGGCUAAUGCUACCACUCCGCUCUUUAUCAACAACACCUCUACUGUCGCUUCGGUCAACUUUACUACACCGCCCUCGGCUAUGAACGCCACAGCUACGCUCCCGGUUCUGGCAAACCUUACUCUGGCUACUCUUCUUCCAGCGAAUGCUACUGCUCCGCUAUACCUCAACCCUACGAAUGCCACGCUUCCCGUUCCGGCAAACCUUACCAUAGCCACACCUCUUCCCGCGAACGCAACUACUCCGCUAUUUGUAAACGACACGACCGCUACACUCCCCGUUUCGGCAAAUUUUACUUUGGCGACACUUCUUCCGACAAAUGUGACGACUGCGCUCUUGCUCAACUCUACAACCACCGUUCCGCAAAACCUUACACUAGCCACUCCUCUCCCCACGAACGCGACUACUCCCCUUUUUAUUAACGACACAAGCGCUACACCCUCUAUUUCGGCCAAUCUUACUUUGGCCACUCUUCUGCCAGUAAACGCAACAGCUCCGCUCUUCGUCAACCUUACGACUGCCACACUUCCUAUACCGGCAAAUCUUACCGUCUCUACCCCCAUCCCGGCUAACGUGACAACUCCGCUCUUCAACUUCACCGCCACCACAUCCUCAAUCAAUGCCACCAUAGCACCCCUCCUCCUAAACACUACCACGACCAUUCCCCAAGUGCCAGUCAACACCACGUUCGAUCUCCGCAAUGGCACCUUCACCCUCACUCCCACCAACCUCACCGCCAUCCCCUCCGCAACGCCAUCCGUGAACACCACCUCACCCUCCCUUAACGACACAAUCGCCGUCUCCACCCCCGCGCUCCUCGCCAACACCACCACCUUCCCUGCUACCCUCUCCACGCCCGCCACCACAGCCAAUGCCACCCUCAUCGACGCCCUAGUCGCCAACGUCACCUCCCUCCUCUCCAUCUCCAGCUACAACGCCACGCUCCUAGCCGACUACCUCCAAGGUAACCUCACCGCCACACCCGCUCCGUCCACCAUCACCACUCCCACCUCCGCAUACUUCAACACCACCACCCCCGCCGCCGCCGCCAGCAACUCCACCACGACAGUCAUCUCCUCCAUCGCCGUCACCCCCAUCCCAAUCCCCCUCCGCACCAACCCCGGCGGCCCGCUCAUCCCCGCCGCAAACUCCCGCCUCGCCCUCCCUCCCCACACCGUCAACACGACUUUGGCGACGGUAGUAACGGCAGCAUCUUCUCCUUCUUCUUCUUCUCCUCCCGCUUCUUCCAGCAGCACGCUACCAGCUCUCGCCCCGCCGCCGGUAAUGUACGGCCCCCUCAGCGCGUCCUUCAUCUCCGUGUCGGCGUCGCCGGUUCCGUACGCCAACAGGACGACGGACGAGAGCGGCCACGUCCGCCUGCCGACGCGCAUGCCCAUCCCCGUGCAGGCGCUGAGCGCGGCGGCGAGCGCGGCGAGGGAGAAGAGUAGGGAGGCGGAGCUGAGGGCGGAUUCGUCUUCUUCUUUUUCUUCUUCGCCGACGGUGGUGGUGGUGAGUCCGACGGAGUCGGUGACGACGUUUCUGGCGACGGCGACGGGCGAGGGCGGCGUGACGACGGUGUAUUUGAGCACGUUGACUGUGACGACGACGGUGCUUGUGACGCCGAGUCCGGUGUGA